UUUUCGUUCGUCCUCUGAGUUAAGCUCCCAGUCUGUCGCCCUUCAACACUAAAGUGGUGCUCCUCUCCGCCAAAAACAGACACCCCAGUAACCUACCGUUUAACCAUGGCAGGGCCCCUCGCAAGGAAAGCUGCAGAUUACCUGCGAAGCAAAGAUUUCAGGGAUUAUUUGAUGAGGUGUCAUUUCUGGGGUCCUGUAGCAAACUGGGGUCUUCCUAUUGCUGCCAUCGCAGACAUGAAGAAGAGUCCUGAGAUUAUUAGUGGCAGGAUGACCUUCGCUCUGUGCUGUUACUCAUUGCUCUUCAUGCGGUUCGCAUACAAGGUGCAACCACGCAACUGGCUUCUGUUUGCUUGCCAUUGCACCAAUGAGACGGCACAGCUAAUUCAGGGAAGUCGCCUCAUCAAAUACAACAUGGAGAAGAAGGCGUCAUCAUCUUAGUGGCAAAGUGAAGCAGAAGCAGGACGUUCACCAUGCUGCUAGGAGACAGUCACCUAAACCUCAACAUCUAAACAUCUAAACAUCUUCUCUUAUCAUUGAAACUGUGGUACUUGCACCAUUUUAUAACCUGAAGUUAUCAAGACUUACCUCCUCAGAGUUUUAAUCACUUUUUACAACACAUGGAAAAAAGCAGAUGCUUUCCUCCAAGAAUUAAGGUCAACUGCUGGAUUUAUUUUUAGACUUUGUGCAACAUCCAACAAGACACACAAAUACAAUUUGGGUGAUGUACACUCAGCUAACCAGCCUAACUGUUAGAUGCCUUGCACAUUAGAUCCAGUGUCUGUUUCACAUGUUCAAACUAGGCUGGAGCAAUCAUGAUUCAUUCAUUAUACAUCUAAUUUUAGUUCAGCAUCAUUAAUAUUUUCAUUACUCUCACCUUCUUAGUAAUUUAAAUAUGAACGAUAUUUCAGAGAGAACUGAGUAUCACUGGCUAAACAGAGUGAACACAGAGAGGAUUGGUUGUCUGUUUGUUGUGCCCUGGAGACAUUACACUGGAAAAUGAAUAUGGAAUGUGAUUGAGAAUCUAAUUUGGAAUUGAGUAGCAAAGAAUAAUUAUGUAAACAAAUGUUUAAAUUAUACAAAUUAACUUUUAUGUGAUCAGGCUGCCCACACUGUAAAGCUGUAUAAUUAGGUUACAAGCUGAGUUAUAAUCCUGCAUGACUGGGUGAGUCUGUGAUGACCAAAACAUGUAUUGUGUGUUAUUGUCAUGUGUCAUUCAAAUUAAUUUAUUCUCAUAAUGUAACGCACAUUCAUUUUUCCCUGAUUAAUGAUCUGAUUCUUUGGUUUUGUUUGAAUAAACGGGCUAUAACCAACUUGAA